AUGGUCAACGUCAAAGAAGCCGCCCAGGCCGCGAUAACGGCCUACGGCCUCGCCACGCAGCAAGGCGGGAACGCGUCCGUCCCGCUGGCCCAGGUCGCCUCGUCGCUGGCGUCCUUCUACCUCGCCAACUUCACGAGCUUCACCCUCGGCGGCGUCAGCGUCGUCGGCGGCGGGGAGACGGCGGCCAAGGGCGUGCUGCAGCAGCUCCGGCGGCUCAACGAGAGCGGGCUCGGCACGGACAUCCGGCUGUGCGGCGGCGGGCGGGUCGACGUCGUCUCGUCGCAGAGCGCGCUCUGCUGGGUGACGUUCGAGAUGGUGCCGCCGCGGACGAGCAAGGUCGGCAGGUGGACGUGGACCAACGUCUACGGGUUCCGGGUCGAGACGGGGCGGGACGACGGGCUCGAGGGCGGGUGGGAGUUUACGAACGCCGACCAGGAGUUCCAGACGCUGCUGGAGAGGGUCCCGGACUUUUUCAAGGGCGGGACCGUAUGA